GUCUUCUACCCUCCCUGCUCUCGGGAUUGUGUGCUUCUGCCCACAUACUGGGCCUAGGACAUGGGAUCCUGGAAACUCAUGUGGGGAGUAGCCCUAAGUCUCUCAGCUUGGCUGGAUCGUCCUCAGGGGGUGCUGCACUACUGCAGGGAUCUCUAGUCAGUUCAGUAGAAGCAGAAUGGCCUUUUAUGUUUGAGUUUGUUAUAUUAUAGCUGACUUGUAGCCUAUAUUCUUGUAUGGGCUAUAUUAGAAGACAUUUAAGAUUUGAAAUAGACCUUACAGCAAGUGAUCUUCUGUAUAGAUUUCAUAACAGAUUAGAGGGCUGUGUUCCAAAUUCUCAUCACAAAUCUUUAAGAUGGCCAUGACUGUUUUCUUGCUUUUUAGGACAAAACUGGAGUUUCUGUACUUGUCAUACUCUUAUCUUUUUAGAAUAACAUGCUUGGAAGACCUUUUUAUUUUAUUGUGACAUCUGAAUGCAUGUAGCUAUGUGAUUACUUAUAAUCUGAAAAUAAAAAAGUAUGCUGAAUACAGUUGUAUGCUAGUAAGCAUUUUAAUUGCAGUUUCAAUUUUAAGGCAAGAAUUUGUUAGUAAUUUUCUUAUACCUGAGGAAAUGUACAUACAAUAUGUUAGAAUACAAAUUAUUCAACAGAACUCUUGCUGACAGUUUCCAGUAGCUUUCAUUCCUGUGUUGGAGUUUUUGCUGCUAGCUGGAGUUAGCCUUAAAUCAGGGUUAAUCCAGUAAUUAACUGGCUUGGUGAUUUUGUGUAUUCUUUGUAUGGGUUACUAGUUAAGCAGAGAACUGCUGUACUGUAUUGAGUAUGAUGUGUGUGUUACCUGUUUGUAUUGACUAUAAAGGGUUUUAAUGUUUUCACUGUACUACUUUCCCCCCCCCCCCUCCUUGUGAGAAAAGAUUGCACAUUGCCUCUGCCGGAAGAUUUUCAUGUCACUGUAAGACUGCAGGUCUUAAAAACAAGCUAAAUAUUAUAUUUAGGUGGAGGGCUAUUGUAGUACUUCAUUAUGUGAAAUUUGAUAUUUUUGUGUAGGAUGUUGAUAUAGCUAAAUGUAAUGUCAUUUCUUCCAAACCUUUUUAGAAGAAUAGCAAAUGAGUCUGUGUUAGUGUUCCAUUUGUACCCUGCUGUACCCUCUCCUCUUUAAUAUCAAGGUAGAGGGGUGUGAACAGUGUGUCUCAGCAUGAUCAGGAUGGAAUUUGCUUACUAAAACUAUGUAAUCUUUAGAAGCUUAAAUCUGUGGAGGUGAAAGCAGUAGCUGUUCAUUUAAAUUAAAUUCAUAUUGAGUGGUUUGAUAUCUGUCCUUAAUAUGGGUAAAAAGGGGAUGCGUGUUCCUAUAUAGCCUUUGAUUAAAAACAUUCUUUUUUGAAAUUUAUUGAGAUUCUUUUUUCCAGGGAGACUUAACAUAACCCUUAUGUGGCUCAGUUUCUGGGUAGUCAAGGUACUUAAUUUCAUCUCUGUAAUUUUAUUAGUUUUCAAAUCUCUGUGUGUGCUAACCUGACAGUAGCAGGGAAUGAACAUCAAGCUUUCUAGACAAACAACUAAACUUGUGAGCUGUAGUCUUCCAAGUGUUAGUUUCGUGUGAAUUUGUCUAUUAACGUUUCUUGUUUGUUACUGGAUUAUGUUAGAAGUAUUACUGUCCAGCCAAUUUUCUGACUUUUACCAGUUGACUCAAAAGAUAUUGCAGCUGUUUAUACAGCUGGGCAGCAACACAUUUCAUUAGUGCUAGCAUGUAGCAGAUGUGCAACUGGAAUAGGAGAACUUAGAUUAGUAGUUCUAGUGUGUCAAAAAGGAGCUUAGUUUCACCUGUUCUGAGACAUUUGCAUGUCAAAUUUUACUGAAGCAUUAUGAUUGUGCAAGGAAGUAUAAAUCGACACUUUCUUCUUUUUCAUAAUUAUAGAUAUAUUGUAAUAUGGGGCAGUUGUUUCCCUUGAGAAAUCUAGAGCUCUAUGUCUGUAGGGGAACUUAACCUUUGCUUUUUUUUUUUUCCCUUUCUGAACAGGGUUGGUUGGUCUGGAAUACUAUGUAGAACUAUUUCUUUUAAUGGUACUGCCCGCAGAAAGAAGAAGGUUGUCCACAGAACAGCUACAGCAGAUGACAAGAAACUUCAGUUUUCUUUGAAGAAACUGGGCGUCAACAACAUUUCUGGAAUUGAAGAGGUAAAUAUGUUUACCAACCAAGGAACGGUCAUUUACUUCAAUAACCCUAAAGUUCAGGCAUCUCUGUCUGCUAACACUUUCACUAUCACCGGCCAUGCUGAGACAAAGCAGCUGACAGAAAUGCUUCCUAGCAUCUUAAAUCAGCUCGGAGCUGACAGUCUGACCAGCCUGAGGAGACUGGCAGGAGCCCGACCCAAGCAGCCUGUGGAUGGAAAAGCACCACUUGCUACUGGUGAUGAUGAUGAUGAUGGUGAAGUUCCAGAUCUGGUUGAAAACUUUGAUGAAGCUUCAAAGAAUGAGGCAAACUGAACUAAGUGACACUUUCUGAAUAAAGUUAAAACUUGAAAAAGUUACAUGGAGUUGCUAUUUUAUAUUGUGACUGCUAAUAUUUGAUUUUAUUUUUAUUUCCUGAUGAGAUACCAAGAUUUAUAAUAUUUGGAAACUCCUUGAACCUACAGCUCUUUUUUGGUUAUUGCCUGUACAUAAUGUUAUUUUUGUGGCCUAGUUGAAAGAGCCUGUGCUUUGAAAUAAGUCAGAUUGCUAAUGAAUCUUGGCCUAGACACAAUUUUUGGGUAACUUGCAUACAAGCAAAAAUCCUAUCUUUAAUGAACUUUGGCAUGCAAUAAAAAAAUAAAAUACA